GUCAGUCUCUCCGCGAGUGACGUCACGAGUGCUUCGCGGCGCGCGGGCCCGGCUCCAUGACAGAGCAGGAGAGGCUGCGGCGGCUCCUGCGCCUGGUCCAGGAGGGAAACCUGGCUCUCCUCCGGGAUGAGCUGAGGCCAGAUGAGGUUCCAGAGGCUCCCAGCUGGCGCUGGGGACGUUUGGGAGAUUCCCUGCUGCACCACGCAGCUCGCUCGGGGCACCGGGACGUGCUGGAAUUCCUGGUCCAGGAGAUCGGGAUGGACAUGGAGGUGGCCAAUGGGGACUACAAGAGACCCCUCCAUGAGGCUGCUUCCAUGGGACACUGGGAAUGUGUGUCCUUCCUCCUGGAGAGAGGGGCGAGUGUGGACUGCUUGAAAAAGGCUGACUGGACUCCCCUGAUGAUGGCUUGCACCAGGAAAAACUUGGAUGUGAUCAAAACCCUGGUGGAGCACGGAGCCAACCCGUUGUUGAGGAACAAGGAUGGCUGGAAUUGCUUCCACAUUGCCAGCAGGGAAGGGCAUCCCGAGGUGCUCCACUACCUCCUGGAUGUGUCCCCAAGCUGCUGGGACAUGGAGAGCACCACGGGGAGAACUCCUCUGCACACAGCAGCGAUGCAUGGCUGUUCCCAGGCUGUGGAGCUGCUCCUGGAACGGUGCCAGUACAAACCUGACAGCAGGGACAGCUGUGGGGUCACUCCCUUCAUGGAUGCUCUCCAGAACGGGCACGUUGGCAUCGCCCGGCUGCUCCUGGAGAAACACCAGGCCUGUCCCACAGCUGUGGAUGCCCUGGGUGCUCAGGCCCUGCACAGGGCAGCUGUGACAGCCCAGGAUGGCUCCAUCCAGUUCCUGGUGUCUGAGCUGGGUGUGGAUGUCAAUGGCAGAGCGACGUCCCUGCAGCUGCCAGCCCUGCACUACGCAGCCAAGGAAGGACAUGGACACACCAUCCAGACCCUGCUGUCCCUCGGUGCUGAUCUCCAGGCCAAGGAUGGGAAGGGCCGUUCUGCCCUGCACGUGGCCAGCGCCGGGCAGCGCGCGGGGGCCGCUGGGGUCCUGCUGCGGGCCGGGCUCCGCGACGUUCCCGAUGCCACGGGGCUGGCCCAGCAGCUGGCCAGGAGCCCUGAUGUCAUCCAGCUCUUCCAGGGAACGCCAGGCAGCACCUGAAGAAGAGGAACCUGCUCCUUUUCCAC